UACUGCGUCGUUUGGUUUAUAAAUUUUGCGAGGUUAACGACAUCAAACACAGUUUUAAUAAAAACAUGAGACUAGCUGGAAAAGAUUGGUACAAGGCGUUUAUGAAAAGGCAUCCAGAAAUAUCAAAGAGAAAGGCUCAAUUCAUGAAUCCAGCCAGAGCGCAAAAGCUGAACAAAUUCAUUGUCGAUGAUCACUUUGAAAGAAUAAACGAAAUAUAUAAUCAACUUGAUCUAAAAGAUCAUCCUGAAAGAAUUUACAAUAUGGAUGAAAAAGGUUGCCGCCUGACAAUCCACCAUCAGCAAGCUGUUCUAGCUAAGAAAGGAGCCAAAAGAGUGCAUUUAGUAUCAUCGGAGCAUGCAGAAAGUGUAACCAUCGCAGGAUGUGUAAAUGCACUAGUUUCAGAUGCAGUCGAGGAAGAGAUUCUGGGAUGCAGUUCUCCAGCUGAAGUGCCCUUAACACCAACCAGAAGCUCUCCAAUUAGCUCGUCGCCUGAAAUGUUGUUAGCCUUAACGAACAACUCCCCAACAAUGCUCAACAGAUCGCCAUCAGAAGCAUUGACCCCAGUAAGGCCAACAACUUCAAGGUCGCGUAAUAUGUCACCUUCUGGAACAUUGUCAUCAACGUAUAGUACUUCAGUUAGACCGGCUGGGAGCUUUUAUCGCACGGUUUAUAAUAGUUCUACUUCCGAUGAUGAUGAAGACAAUAUGCCGCUCAUUCAGUUGAAAAAAACUGCAUUUCAAGAUCUUAUGCCUAUGUAA